UGCGACUUGUAUUACUAGUAAGGCGCUCGCCUUGGAUCAAGAAGCGUCGCCGAGAGAACGUUCACGGACACUUUUUCGUUCUAUACUGCCCAAUGAUCAUUGUCAGUACGAAGAGCUACCGAUAUGUCUUUGACUGCACAAGAGAGAAUUGCUCUGAAAUCUCUGCCCAAGCGUGUCCAGCGUUUAAUCGACGGAGCUCUUAAAGGCGUGGUGCAUGACGUACGCAAACUCCACCAAUGGGUCGAGACAUCCGCCGACGUAGAAGCGAACAUGACUUUGCUCCCCAUCUUCUAUACUCAUCUGGACCCAGCUGUGAUCCCCGAUCAACUUCUGCCGACUAACGAUAUCCAGAAAGUCGUCAUGCUUGCCAAAUUGUCGUUGAUAAGCAUCCUAAAAGCGUGCUCUGGCGUGACUACAGUUGACAAACGUGUCGCGGAGGUGAUGAUUACGGAUGCAGUGGUGCGACGUUGGGACGUUCUCUUUCCAUGGAUACAGUUCAUGUAUCGUCAUUUUCUACCCGCCUCGCCUAGGAGCCAUCCCCCCGAAGGUUUCGACGUCUACGUUGUGGACGUAGUCUCGAUGACAACGCGUGCCCUCCACCACAUGGCAGUCUAUUCCGUCGAAGGAAAGAACCUGAUCCGGACAAACAUAACUCUUCAACACUUCAUUGCGAAGCUGUGGUUGUAUAUUGGGAAAUUGAAGGAGGGGGAUUUGUCCCUCGGCGUGGAAAUCUCCGAAGAUGAAGCCGCAGGACUCGGACACAUCAGGGGGGUCAUGGCCGGGGUCAUCAUAACGUGCGUGGGUUCGCCUCCGGCACCAUCCACUCUGCACAACCUACUUGACGCAGCGGGUGGAUAUGAACGAUUCGUAGUAUCGGCACUGCGAUAUGUUCGGUGGCUGGGGAGAGCAAUCGGCGAUAUGCACAUGUCAAACAAGCUCAUGAUGAGUCCCCCAUACGUGCGCGUGACUGCGAUGCUCGCACUUGUCGAUUCUUUAUCAGUUUCAAUCCACUUUAUUACUGUGGUCAGCCUCGUGGACGCUAUGUGCCAAGAAGGGCUCAUCUUGCACGGUGCACCUUCGGAAGUUGUAACGGCUUUACGUCAAGCAUGGCCAAAUAUUUCCGGUAUGAGGGUCAGUCCUUCGAUGGAACACUCGGCUGCAGUGAGAUCCACUGGACUACUGGAGCAUGCCUUCGGUUAUGCAGAUGCGGUGCUUUGUCGAUCAGAGGCGUGCAUCCCAGCUGUAUGUCAAGUCCUCGACGCCGGACUUAUCCAGUUGGUGCUGCAGGCUGGGUUCCGUUGCCCGCAGACGGCCUGUCGUGUCCUCAAGCUCAUCCCACGAUUUCUGAUGUACCAUAAAGUAUUGCGCCACUUCCAGAACGCAAUGAAUCGAACUGACAAUGCCGCGGCUCGUCUUGGAGUUCACGCAAGGAAACACGAAGAGGUGCAACAGGCCUGGGCAUUGGUCCAGCAACUGGCUCUACACAUACUCGGUAUCUGCAGGAGAACCAGCGCCUCGCCUUUUUAUGAACAAAAAUGUGCGAAUUUAGAGUGUCCGUGUGACAACAACGAACGUCCACACUAUCGUUGCACUGGAUGUUUCAUCGCAAGAUAUUGUUCCCGGGAUUGCCAGAGAAUAGACUGGAAAAGCAGACAUCGCAAUGCGUGCACUCUUCUCUAUUCAGCUGUCGGUAUGGACGGGUCCAAAGACAUUCGCCAUAGCCUUCCUCUCAUCAUGCUCACGGAAACGUUCAACUACUCGCUAUACGCUGAUCGAAUACAAGAAGCCAUGGAACAAGCGCGAAAGGAAUACCCAGAGGAGACUGAUCGUCUAGUUUUGGAAACAAACCUUUCGGCUUACCCAGUCACUUUCUCCGCACGACCAGUCGAACAAUACGCUGAUAUGUUCGACUCCCGGUUUGAUCCCGCGAUGCUCACGGAGCUAAGGGGACUGCCUGGCAAGCAUAUCCUGAUGGCCAUCAAACUCAGAAUAGGCCGCGAGGAACGCGUAGUGCUCAGUCCGAGGAUGGGUCUUACGUUGGCUUUCCAGUGGCCGCGUGCCAAGGAAGAAGAUUCAGUAUUAUCCGGUGUUCAACAAGCGUUGGUUACACGCCUCGCAGUCGGUCCAGGUAACGUAAUUAAAAGGGGAGAAGGCUACAAGGUGGUAGAAUUUAAACCACCACCGAUAGCCAAGUCCGAUACGUAGUUUGAUGUGAUGUUUCAGAAUCGCUGAUGCCUGUUAAAUGACUUAGUGUAUGAGACAUAGAUCUACAGUUCGGUGCUCGUCGACUGCUCGAUGGUCUGGUGAUGCAUUAAUUGUUCCGGUACAUUAGACAUCGAGAUGCUUGUGCCACGAAUUACCGCUGUAUUGGGGCAC